GCGGUGGUGUCAUAAACUUCGCGGAAAAGCGUCGACCUCUUCCCGACGUCCUCGAGAGCAUCACAGAAAAGGAUGGCUCCGGAUGGGUUUCAUCGCCGACGGCAGGCGACGACGAUGGCUGUAACGGUGCUGUUUGUUCUCGGCUCGAUCUUCAUCGGUCAGGCCACGGGUCAGGACUCGGAGUUCGCACCGCACGUCACGGCCACCUGCAAGUCCGGCACAAUGAACAUCAAGAUCCAGUUCGCGGGCCCCUACAACGGAGUAGUGCACGCCCGGGACUUUCGGACGCCGGCCUGUAUGACCUUCGGCAACGGGACAGCCUCGCUUGGACUCAGCCUCAAUCUGCUGGCCAAAACCGGCAACAGCGAGUACUGCGGCAUACUCGUCAGCAACGUGAGUGGUGGUGAUCGCACCGAGGAACGCUCCGUCCAGUUGGCCGUGCGAGUACACAAAACGCUGGAGCUGGCCGACGACAAAUUCUACGUUAUCACAUGCGGCAAAACGGGAUUCGCGAGGGACGAUAGCGGUGCGGUGGCGUUGAAAUUCCUCGACAGCACCGGACGGCGCGUUCGCGAGACGGUUUACAAUCGCGAGUACACGAUCAAGGCGGAAGUUACCAACCCGAACGGUACGUACGGGAUACGGGUGAAGAACUGCUUCGCCUUCAACAAGAAGAACAUGUCCGUGGCGCUUAUCGACGAGCGAGGCUGCCCACUGAAGAACGACACGAUGACGCGAUUCCGACCGAGUGCGGACGGUACGAGUGCCACCGCGCAGAUCACUUCAAUGUUCAAGUUCGCCGAGGGCUCCGAGGUGCACUUCCAGUGUGACGUGGUGCAGUGUAAUGGCCGCUGCCCGGAUCAGGACGAGGGCAUGUGCACAGGCGAUGCGAACGCCUUCGUAAAGUCAGCCCGCGCCCUCGGACAGGUCGACGAUGGAAUGCUGCUGGCGGCGACGACCGUCUUCGUGAUCGAUCCUGCCUUUGCGCCCGUGAUUUCUCCGAUCUGCGACGACACCGGUAUCCGUCCGCACUGGUUGCUGUGGUUGACCAUCGCACUAGGUGUCCUGUUCCUGAUCAUGCUUCUCAUGAACAUCUUCCUCUGCACGGCCAUGAGCUGCAGCUGUGCCCAGACUGAGAUCAUCGAGAAGGAACCGUCCAUCAUCGAAGAGUACGAUCCGUACCGAAGUUGGCACGGGUCACAGUAUGGAUCGCGUUACUCACUGCAUGGCGGGCGCGAGGGCGGACACAACAAGGGCUACACGAGUGGCGGCAGCACGAUCCACUCGAAUCGAUCGCUGCCCAUCGAUUCGGAUCAUUACGCGAUCGUCCACAGUCGGCCAGGAUCCCGGCAUUCCGGGCUGCAUGGACAUCGGCCUCGCGGCCCACCGAGCAACAUGUAAAGGCGUGCGCGUGUGUGAUUGCGUGAGUGGCAGAAUGUGAACCAUUGGUUUUCCCGUUCGAGUUCCCCUGUCCAGCCUGUCCACUUACGUUCACGACUUCCGCCAAGCAGACGACGGUACCCGCGAGGACGAUGAUCGUGUAAUGCAUCCGGGCACGCACCUACGCAGGCAAUUGUAAAUAACUCAACGUGCGCGUGUGCAUUACGGUGGUUUUGGGACAACGCCUUCACGGGGCACCGUCCCGUGAAGGAUUUAAAUGUAUUGAAAAUUAAUCACGCUCCUGAGGAUCAUCGUUUCAACCAGCAACAAAUAUUACGAACAAAAGAUUUCAUGCCUUACAUAAGUGUACGAGAAGCAAACCCAGCGCCAAAAUACGUGAAUCCGUAUUUUUCUUCAAAAUCGUUUUCCACGAGACCGAUUUUUAUAAAAAAAAAACCAACCGUACGGUUACUGAUCGUAGCUGAGUGGUACACAGUCCUUACUAGGGAUGAGCUGUGCGGCGUAUUUUUCGCAGGAACCGGUAACCGGCCAACCGCAGACUGACAAAUGCCAUGUAAAUGUACGUCUUUUCGCUGGGGAGUGUAAACAUGUGACAGGGAAAAAGGCGCACAACAGUCCGGUUUCGACAGACGCGAGGAUGAAAGUGGAAAUAAUCCGAAAUCUAGUAACGAAUGUAAUUUUACGCCUCCACAGCAGGGUAAAUCAAAACAUAAAACUUAAGUAAAGCCUCGUUGGACUAGCACAGUAAGUGGAUACGCAGGAACUGCUUCAAACUGUACACGCGCAUCUUAAAUUAGAAGCAGCAUAAUUGAGCAAUAUUGACUAGAAUAAUAAAUUUAACCAAGCAGAGAAAAAACUAAGCUGAAAAACGACCGCAAAACAAUUAAAACAGGCGAGGGAUGAAAAGGAAUUGCUCUUAAAUGUGUAAAUUUUUGUGUAAGACAAAGUAGAUAAUAAAACUACCGACUAAUA